GUCACUUUGAAUCAUAGAAAAUCAGAAAGAAACAAACAUACAUUUGAAAAAUCUAUAUAAACCUAACAAGUUCUGGUAAGAUUGUUAUACUAUUUCGAACGGAAAGAUGAGAUAUACUUCUCUAUCUAGUCUGUUGAUACCGGUUUGUUUGGUCGUCAUCGUGCUUUCCGAAUUCUUCGACUGUCAGGAUAUCUGCGAAAAUCCUGGAUUAGCGACAUAUGAAAAUGUUAUUUCGGAAAACGUUUUAUAUAAAUAUUCUCAUCAUUAUUACUACUCAAGAACAAUAAGUCGCGGUCAGCCGUAUCCAGUUGAUAAUGACAGUUUUAAAAAGUUUAGUACCCAUCACGUGAGUUGACUACAUUUUGUAAUGGAACUACUAAUUCUUAUGUUUGCAUCUUUUAAGAAUGUUACACCGAAAUUUUCGUUUAAAUUUUACGGUUAUAACGUCAAAAGAUUUGAGAUUUAUAGUUAUGAUGAUUUCAUUGCUGUCAAAUGGUAUUUUCGGAUGCUUCGUGACGGUACGAUAGCCAAGAUAACUAGUGUGAUACAUUCCAAUGGGAAGAUAUCCCUCUAUUAUGAGAACAUCCCCACGGGACAAACUGAAGGUCCAGUGACCUCUAUAAUUGAAGGUGUAAUUCAGUGUGAAGAUGUGAGAAAAGUUGAAAUAGUAACUCCUCGACGAUGGAUAACAAGUGACACGUUAGUGGAGUUCGAACAUUACGAGAUAAGUUGUUCAAUACACGAUUCCAUUGAAAAAUGCCAAAAUGCGACAACAUCAAGUGUGCAAUGUAUCUGGUCUGAAAAGGCUAAUAUGUGCAUUAACAGCGAUGAUAAUGAUGUUAAAAACACCACUUCAGAAAUAACUGUACACAAUAAACAUAAUAACACACCUCGUUACUUGUAUAUCGUGAUACCAGUAGUCGUCGUCGUCGCUUUCUGUGUCAUAUGCAUCGGUUGUGCCAUAUGGAUGUAUAAGAGAAAGAAGAGUAAUCCAUGAUUUACAGAAUCGUCUUAUAGUUUGUUUUUAUUAUUUUGAUCGAGUUGUUUCAUUCUGUAUUUCAUCCGAAAACUUCUUUACAUUUUGUUACGCCUUUCAAUUAUUU